CCAUGGGACGGUGGUGGCAGCUCAUGUUACGGCUGUGGACAGUCGUGCCCAUCUGGGCUGGGGACGAGCUGCUCGAUGUCUGCAUGAACACCAAACACCACAAGCGAGAGCCUGGCCCAGAAGACCAGCUCUACGAUGAGUGCACCCCCUGGAAAGACAAUGCCUGCUGCACAGCCAGCACAAGCUGGGAAGCCCACCUUGAUGUGUCCCUGCUUUACAACUUCAGCUUGAUUCACUGUGGGUUGAUGAUGCCAGGCUGUGAGAAGCACUUCAUCCAGGCUAUCUGCUUCUAUGAGUGCUCCCCAAACCUGGGACCUUGGAUCCGGAAGAUGGACUUGGCUGGACCAGGAGAGCGAAUCCUGGAUGUGCCACUCUGCCAGGAGGACUGCGAGCAGUGGUGGGAAGACUGUCGCACAUCUUACACGUGCAAGUCCAACUGGCACGGCGACUGGGACUGGAGUCGGGGGAAGAACCGCUGCCCUGCGAGGGCUGUCUGCCACCCCUUCCCCCAUUACUUCCCUACCCCCGCUGACCUGUGCGAGAAGAUUUGGAGCAACUCAUUCAAGGCAAGCCCUGAGGGCAGGAACAGUGGGCGGUGCCUGCAGAAGUGGUUUGAGCCCACCCAGGACAACCCCAAUGUGGCUGUGGCCCGCCUCUUUGCCAGCACUGCCCCACCCUGGGAAGUCUCCUGCAGUCUCCUGGCCUUCUCUCUGUACCUGUCAUUCCUAUCCUAAAAGCCCCUUCUCCCUCCCACACUCCUAUGCCCUCCCCAACCCCCCCAGCUAUGGGUCAGGCCAGCCGUGGCAGCCUCCUUUCCUUGGGUCCUUCCUUUAAUGGAGCGGCACAGGCCACGGGUUUGGUAGGGACGCUGAGGCUGCCGGAGCUGGUGCCCAAGCCGUGAACUCUCGGAGCUAGGCCCCCCCCCUCCACCUCUCUGCUCUGCUUUCAGGGGCUGGGAGAGUCAAUGUGACCUGCCCCCUCCCGCCUUUAUGGCUGGCUGGAGUCAGGGUCUCUGAGGUGGGACUCCAGGCCUAUCUCCUCCAGUGCAUGCCCACCCCCUUCCCUGGCAGAGCUAAUGGUGCUCCCAAUAGAACAGCAGCUGCCCUUUCUCUCUGUGGGACCCACUCUCUCCUAGCUCUACGGUCAGGGAGUCAAUGUCCAAGAGGGAGUCCGUUUGCCUCCUGCACUGAAGUCUCAACGUUGGUUGCUACUUAACUAAUAACCAUUAGCUGCUAGACAUGUGCUUGGCCCUCUCCAAUCCUCGCAACACCUCCUGGGGGGGAAGACUCACAACCUCUUUUGCUUUUGGAGCAGUACAGCCUACAAAAGACCCAAAGCCAGGGUAAGGACUACCCAGACCAUCGUCUUUACUGUGGAUGCAAGGCUGAAGCCACUGCCUCCAUUGCUUUAGGCGUCUCCUGUCCUGAUGAACCCCAGAAUCACAACAGGCUGCUCUGGAAAUUCAGAAGCCAGAGCUCUAAUCCGGUUCUACAACUUUCUGUGUGACUUUUGGCAGGUCCUUUGGCCUUUCUUUAAGACUGUCUCUGCUUCCCUCUCCCCUGAGACAAAUGAGGGAAUUGGACCCCCUUGAUUUUAACUUACAAAAAGAAAGAGGAAAAAGCCAAUGCCGGGGUGCCUGGGUGGCUUAGUCGGUUAAGCGGCAGACUCUGGAUUGCAGCUCAGGUCCUGAUCUCACGGUUCGUGGGAUCAAGCCCCGUGUCAGGCCCUGCAAUGACUGUGCAGAGCCUGCUUGGAUUUCUCCCUCUCCAUCUCUCUCUGCCCCUCCCCUGCUUGCUUGCCAUCUCUCAAAAUAAAUUAAAAAAAAA